AUGAUCGCUAGUAAUCCGUUAACAUCAUCAUCAUCAUCAUCAUCAUCAUCAUCAUCAUCAUCAUCAUCAUCAUCAUCAUCAUCAUCAUCAUCAUCAUCAUCAUCAUCAUCAUCAUCAUCAUCAUCAUCAUCAUCAUCAUCAUCAUCAUCAUCAUCAUCAUCAUCAUCAUCAUCAUCAUCAUCAUCAUCAUCAUCAUCAUCAUCAUCAUCAUCAUCAUCAUCAUCAUCAUCAUCAUCAUCAUCAUCAUCAUCAUCAUCAUCAUCAUCAUCAUCAUCAUCAUCAUCAUCAUCAUCAUCAUCAUCAUCAUCAUCAUCAUCAUCAUCAUCAUCAUCAUCAUCAUCAUCAUCAUCAUCAUCAUCAUCAUCAUCAUCAUCAUCAUCAUCAUCAUCAUCAUCAUCAUCAUCAUCAUCAUCAUCAUCAUCAUCAUCAUCAUCAUCAUCAUCAUCAUCAUCAUCAUCAUCAUCAUCAUCAUCAUCAUCAUCAUCAUCAUCAUCAUCAUCAUCAUCAUCAUCAUCAUCAUCAUCAUCAUCAUCAUCAUCAUCAUCAUCAUCAUCAUCAUCAUCAUCAUCAUCAUCAUCAUCAUCAUCAUCAUCAUCAUCAUCAUCAUCAUCAUCAUCAUCAUCAUCAUCAUCAUCAUCAUCAUCAUCAUCAUCAUCAUCAUCAUCAUCAUCAUCAUCAUCAUCAUCAUCAUCAUCAUCAUCAUCAUCAUCAUCAUCAUCAUCAUCAUCAUCAUCAUCAUCAUCAUCAUCAUCAUCAUCAUCAUCAUCAUCAUCAUCAUCAUCAUCAUCAUCAUCAUCAUCAUCAUCAUCAUCAUCAUCAUCAUCAUCAUCAUCAUCAUCAUCAUCAUCAUCAUCAUCAUCAUCAUCAUCAUCAUCAUCAUCAUCAUCAUCAUCAUCAUCAUCAUCAUCAUCAUCAUCAUCAUCAUCAUCAUCAUCAUCAUCAUCAUCAUCAUCAUCAUCAUCAUCAUCAUCAUCAUCAUCAUCAUCAUCAUCAUCAUCAUCAUCAUCAUCAUCAUCAUCAUCAUCAUCAUCAUCAUCAUCAUCAUCAUCAUCAUCAUCAUCAUCAUCAUCAUCAUCAUCAUCAUCAUCAUCAUCAUCAUCAUCAUCAUCAUCAUCAUCAUCAUCAUCAUCAUCAUCAUCAUCAUCAUCAUCAUCAUCAUCAUCAUCAUCAUCAUCAUCAUCAUCAUCAUCAUCAUCAUCAUCAUCAUCAUCAUCAUCAUCAUCAUCAUCAUCAUCAUCAUCAUCAUCAUCAUCAUCAUCAUCAUCAUCAUCAUCAUCAUCAUCAUCAUCAUCAUCAUCAUCAUCAUCAUCAUCAUCAUCAUCAUCAUCAUCAUCAUCAUCAUCAUCAUCAUCAUCAUCAUCAUCAUCAUCAUCAUCAUCAUCAUCAUCAUCAUCAUCAUCAUCAUCAUCAUCAUCAUCAUCAUCAUCAUCAUCAUCAUCAUCAUCAUCAUCAUCAUCAUCAUCAUCAUCAUCAUCAUCAUCAUCAUCAUCAUCAUCAUCAUCAUCAUCAUCAUCAUCAUCAUCAUCAUCAUCAUCAUCAUCAUCAUCAUCAUCAUCAUCAUCAUCAUCAUCAUCAUCAUCAUCAUCAUCAUCAUCAUCAUCAUCAUCAUCAUCAUCAUCAUCAUCAUCAUCAUCAUCAUCAUCAUCAUCAUCAUCAUCAUCAUCAUCAUCAUCAUCAUCAUCAUCAUCAUCAUCAUCAUCAUCAUCAUCAUCAUCAUCAUCAUCAUCAUCAUCAUCAUCAUCAUCAUCAUCAUCAUCAUCAUCAUCAUCAUCAUCAUCAUCAUCAUCAUCAUCAUCAUCAUCAUCAUCAUCAUCAUCAUCAUCAUCAUCAUCAUCAUCAUCAUCAUCAUCAUCAUCAUCAUCAUCAUCAUCAUCAUCAUCAUCAUCAUCAUCAUCAUCAUCAUCAUCAUCAUCAUCAUCAUCAUCAUCAUCAUCAUCAUCAUCAUCAUCAUCAUCAUCAUCAUCAUCAUCAUCAUCAUCAUCAUCAUCAUCAUCAUCAUCAUCAUCAUCAUCAUCAUCAUCAUCAUCAUCAUCAUCAUCAUCAUCAUCAUCAUCAUCAUCAUCAUCAUCAUCAUCAUCAUCAUCAUCAUCAUCAUCAUCAUCAUCAUCAUCAUCAUCAUCAUCAUCAUCAUCAUCAUCAUCAUCAUCAUCAUCAUCAUCAUCAUCAUCAUCAUCAUCAUCAUCAUCAUCAUCAUCAUCAUCAUCAUCAUCAUCAUCAUCAUCAUCAUCAUCAUCAUCAUCAUCAUCAUCAUCAUCAUCAUCAUCAUCAUCAUCAUCAUCAUCAUCAUCAUCAUCAUCAUCAUCAUCAUCAUCAUCAUCAUCAUCAUCAUCAUCAUCAUCAUCAUCAUCAUCAUCAUCAUCAUCAUCAUCAUCAUCAUCAUCAUCAUCAUCAUCAUCAUCAUCAUCAUCAUCAUCAUCAUCAUCAUCAUCAUCAUCAUCAUCAUCAUCAUCAUCAUCAUCAUCAUCAUCAUCAUCAUCAUCAUCAUCAUCAUCAUCAUCAUCAUCAUCAUCAUCAUCAUCAUCAUCAUCAUCAUCAUCAUCAUCAUCAUCAUCAUCAUCAUCAUCAUCAUCAUCAUCAUCAUCAUCAUCAUCAUCAUCAUCAUCAUCAUCAUCAUCAUCAUCAUCAUCAUCAUCAUCAUCAUCAUCAUCAUCAUCAUCAUCAUCAUCAUCAUCAUCAUCAUCAUCAUCAUCAUCAUCAUCAUCAUCAUCAUCAUCAUCAUCAUCAUCAUCAUCAUCAUCAUCAUCAUCAUCAUCAUCAUCAUCAUCAUCAUCAUCAUCAUCAUCAUCAUCAUCAUCAUCAUCAUCAUCAUCAUCAUCAUCAUCAUCAUCAUCAUCAUCAUCAUCAUCAUCAUCAUCAUCAUCAUCAUCAUCAUCAUCAUCAUCAUCAUCAUCAUCAUCAUCAUCAUCAUCAUCAUCAUCAUCAUCAUCAUCAUCAUCAUCAUCAUCAUCAUCAUCAUCAUCAUCAUCAUCAUCAUCAUCAUCAUCAUCAUCAUCAUCAUCAUCAUCAUCAUCAUCAUCAUCAUCAUCAUCAUCAUCAUCAUCAUCAUCAUCAUCAUCAUCAUCAUCAUCAUCAUCAUCAUCAUCAUCAUCAUCAUCAUCAUCAUCAUCAUCAUCAUCAUCAUCAUCAUCAUCAUCAUCAUCAUCAUCAUCAUCAUCAUCAUCAUCAUCAUCAUCAUCAUCAUCAUCAUCAUCAUCAUCAUCAUCAUCAUCAUCAUCAUCAUCAUCAUCAUCAUCAUCAUCAUCAUCAUCAUCAUCAUCAUCAUCAUCAGUAAAUUCGAAUUUUGUAUCAAUUUCACAAAUUUUAUAUUCAAAAUUAUUUACCUAA